AUGGUCUUCUCAAAACUACAUUGCCUAUCACUGUUUCUAUCGAGUGCUUGGGCGCAGCAGGUCGCCUUCCAAAGGCUCGAAUUCCACCACCAAAGUCACGACACUUCAGAGUGGACCCAAUUCAACCAUACGAUCAAGCAUGUCGCGGUUAUCGGGGCAGGUCCUGCGGGGCUCCAAGCAGCCGCUGCUCUGGUAGAACACAACUUUACAGUACGCCUCUUUGACCGCGCUCCUGGUCCGGGUGGAAACUGGUUCUAUUCUGAAGAGAUUCCUGUUCGGGAGUCUUACCCAGACGAACCUUUGGGAAAGCAAAAGUGGGUUCCUGACCAUCUUCCCGUAACCCAGUACUACCAAGAAGGUAACGAUGGUGUGAGUCUGGACGAGAGGUGGAGAGAGCAUUGGCUCCCGCGUCCGAUUUGGGACUCGCUAUCCACGAACUCACCCGCAGUCAUUACUGAACUUCCCGAUGUGCCAUAUUUGCCUGACCACCCUUGGGUGAUCCCUGCUCAUACAAUCCAGACGCAUGUUCGCGCCUAUGCCUCCCUUCACAAGCUCAAUGUGAACGACAACCCGGCAGUAACGGCUUACUCAACACGCGUCGAGAAGCUUGCGAAGAAACCUAACAGUUCAGCGUGGACGCUUACUCUGAAGCAUCUCAAAAAGCUUGAAGAAUCGCACCGGAUUAAAGCUACUUGGUGGACCGAGGAAUUCGAUGCUGUUGUUGUUGCCGCAGGACCCUAUGAUCAACCUCAUGUACCCAACAUUGAAGGUCUAAUUGAGUGGAGCAAAGUAAGGGCCGUCGACGAUCCGUCCAGGUUUAGUGUCUAUCAUUCGAGGGUCUAUCGUACCCCGCAGCGGUACACUGGAAAGAACGUACUGGUCGUUGGUGUUGGCACCUCUGGCUCGGAAAUCGCUCGUGAUAUCAUACCUUAUGCUAAGAAGGUUUAUGCUAGCUCGAAGAAAUACGUCUGGGACAACCUCCACCCCUUCCAGCGCCGUUCCUUUCGCAGAUUCCCUCCCGAGACUGAAUUUAUUCCCGAGAUUGCCUCUUUUAGUGCGCUGCCCUCGUUUGAUAACGGCAUAAAGGCAGGAAAGAUAACUCUCGUGAAUGGUAGUGUUUUGGAAGGUAUCGAUGAGAUUAUCCUCGCGACAGGAUACAAGAGGUCAAACUCAUUCCUUUCAGCAAUCCUUAAUGGCACUCUCGGCAACAAAUUCCAAGCCCCAUCUAGUCCUCCGUCCGAUGUAUUCAAUGGAAAUCCUCUGCGGAACGUUCACUGGACUGGGCAUUACAUCCCUGACCCGACGCUUGCAUUCACCAAUGUACGUCCAUGGACCAUCGGUCAAUAUCAGUCGUAUGCGCUCGCCAAAGUAUGGGAGGGAACUGCGCGGAUUCCUAACGAGGCUGAGCUGUGGAGGCAAUACAAUGGUACGAGAUACACACAUUUCCGCGGGCUCUUUGGAACUGGUCCCUCGGAAGCUAUCGUUCGCCAAUAUGUGGCGUGGCUCAACAACGAGUCUCUCGAACAUGGUGGUAGACUCGUCUCUCCUUGGCCUGUACAGAACUGGGAGGUGUUUUCUUAUUAUGCUAAUCAGGAAUGGGAAAAAGAUUAUAUUACGAGGGAGAAUUUUACGCAGUUUGAGAAGUUGCCCGCGGAUGAGUGGACGAAGGCUGAUGUAUGGGAUGCUUCCGUUCUGGAGGACGAGUUCUGGUAG